CAAUCGUAGUAUACUUGUAUUACCGCCAUCUUUCUUGGUACAUUCAUCAAAAUGUGUCGACAAAAACUAAAAGGAUAGGACAAAUAAAUUUACUCAUAAUACGCCUAAUUAUUCAAGUAUUCAUCAACAAUGGCCAGCGAAGGGGGUGGAAAAAUUAAAUCAAAAAGAAAUCCAACGCAAAGUAAACCGUACGAUAGAGAUACGUCUCUCCUGGGUAAAUUGAAGAAUUCAGUCAAAGACUUACUUCUUCCUUCAUGGUUGUCUGUAUCAUCAUCAUCUCCUAUUAGUACAAGUGGUGAAACGAAAAGUGAUAAACAGAACUCAUCGUUGAGUAAUGCUAGUUCUGCUGCCUCUAACUUUGUUGACCACUCUAGACCUGGUAGGAGUAGUGACUCUUCAGACUUUAUAGCAGCACAAGAUCUUGAUGAUUCAGGAAUUGUUACAUUUCCGAAGCUUAAUAGAGAAGGUCAAAAGAUACAUGGAGAGUUGUAUCCUAAUGCCUCAUAUGAACCACCUCCUCCAAAUGUUAACAUUGCUACAUUAUAUCAAGGAGAUGUCUGGAAACAAUCCAAUUCUGUGGAGUCAUCUUCAAGCUCACAAAUCUCACAAAUGUUUUCAAAUUCAAAUGAAAAAAACUAUUCCAUGCCUUUAGAUUCUAUUGACAAAGAUUCAAUGGAAGUAGUAGAAACUCCGAUUCGAUCCAUCAUGGUCUUAACUGGAGCAGCAAGUAGAGCUUCUGAAUCAGCUAAAAGGCAAAGACUGUGGAGUCCUGAAAGUGUUAGACAUGGUAAACCCUUCAUUGCACCAGUUACAGAAAAGCCUUCUUUUAAUGCAUCAUUGUUUGGUACCCUCAAUGAGAGCAACACAUCACUUCUUGGAUCUAGUUUGCAUGAAUCAUCCUUCUAUUCUGGUAAGACUCGCUAUGGAGGUGCUGCUGGAGAGCGCAAAAGUCAAAUCUCUUCAUCACCAUAUAAGUCUUCAUUACCCUUAAGAAAACAAGUAAAAGCUAGUCCUCUGAACCAGACUUUGAAUGCUACCACUAGUGCAACUGCCCAAAGAAUCCUUGAAACAUUAGAGAAAAUGUCUACACCACUUGGGGAUGUCAAAAAAAUUCCCAGAGCAGAUGCUAACGAUUCUGUCUUGUCUUUUACACCCUCCUCUUACAGAAGAGCUAGUUUUCUAACUCCUGGUAGAUCCAGUACCAGACCUUUGCAGAUUCCUAAUUUUGGUGCCCCAAAAAGUCAACACCAAUCUAUAUCUCAAGCUGUUAUAGUUAAAAAUAGAAGCAAACACAGCAUUUUGGAUAAGAGACAGAGCUCUCUGGCUCAGGAUCUAGGAGAGCCUGUUGAGGUUUGUGAGACAGAGACCUCUAGGCUACCUACAUCAUUGGAACCUUCACUAAGCAAAUUAACUUCUGAAGUGGCUGUAAAAAAUGUACCUUCAUCAACUGGUAAGAUAAAAGAGAAAAAGUUUUCACAACACAUAUCUAGAGGAAAGGAAGAUGAUGAGGUUGUUGAAGUUCCUAACUUGCGCACAGAUUUUACUUUACCAAUAACCAAUCUCAAUCCUAUACCUCUUCAUUCUGUGGGUGUAAAAUCCCAUUCAGUACCACCAUCAAGCAUUCCAACAACAGACAAGUUAGCACAUUUAAAGUUUACAUUUUCCACACCAAUACAAGAGAAUAGGAAUCCUGGCAGUAGUUUAGUGUUGGGCAGUGUUGAUAAGAAUUUUAAGUUUAGUUCUCCAAUCAAUGCUUCAAAUGUUAAAAUCAAUGCUGCUGGAGCAGAGGAAGGCUCUAAAUCUUCACCUGAACCUGCUGUAGGUGCUUCAUCUGUUGUCUCUACAUCAUUUUCUUCCACUCCUCAAGUUUGGGGAUCUACUGCUCCUAGACCAAAAGUGGCAGACAUAGGUGGAACAUCCUCAAGUUUCAAGACCUAUAACAAAUGGCCUGAAAAUGAUAGUUCAGCAGCAUCUGAUGUUGUGACCCAAAGUGGAUUUUCCUUGGCUCCUGCUGCUUCUUUAAAAACAGGCUCUGUCAUGGAUGUGCUUGGCAAAGGUCCAGUGGUUGCAUCUGUCUCUUUUGUGCCACCUAAGUCCAGUACAGAAGAUGACCUGAUGUCUAAAUUCAAGAAAGCAGCUGGUUCAUGGGAGUGUUAUAGCUGUAUGUUAUCCAACAAACCAGAUUCCACUAAAUGUGUAGCAUGUGAUAACCCAAAACCUAACUCUAACCAAGUAUCAACCAGCUCCUCGGUUGCAGUGAACUCUCCUCCAAGUACGAGUGAUGACCUCAUGGCAAAAUUUAAGAAACCUCCAGGCUCUUGGGAAUGCCAGGGCUGUUUGAUUGUAAAUAAACCAGAAUCAUCUAAAUGUGUAGCAUGUGAAACCCCUCGUACAGGAAGUAAUCAAUUGUCAGCACCAAAUAUCAGUUCUGGUAGUCUCAGUAGUUUAUUCAAGAAACCCCCUGGCAAUUGGGAAUGUGAUACGUGCAUGAUACAGAAUCCAGCUGCAGCUGAAAAUUGCUUAGCUUGUGAUUCACCUAAGCCUGGUCUUCAAGCUGCUGGAGUUGUUUCCAAAACUACAGAACCAAGCAAGACUUCAUCUAUUACAAUAUCGUCCCAAGGAGGUUUUGUUCUCAAUGUGCCUACUACAACAGCCACAACAGUUGGUUCAGGUGGGUUCAAGUUUGGAAACACUUCAACUUCUUCUGUAUUCUCAACUUCCUCAUCAGGUUUCCAGUUUAGUCAAACAGCCACAAGCAAAGAUUCCUCUGCUUCAACCGUGUCAUCGUCUGUACCACUGACUGGUGGAUUUAAAUUUGGAAGUUCAAGUACUUCACCAGAUACCGGUGGAUUUAAAUUUGGAAGUACUGCACCAGAUACUGGUGGAUUUAAAUUUGGAAGCUCUGGUUCACAGAGCAGUAACAUUGUAACAGAACCAGCUAAAAAUAGUUCUGGAGGUGCAUUUGUAUUUGGCUUAUCAUCUGCAGCAUCUACUAGCAAACCAAAUGUCCAAUUUGGCUUGACAACUAAAAAUGUUUCCUUCAAUGAACCAUGUAUUUCAGAGAAUCAUUCAAUCUCAAAUGGUUGUUUACCAGUGAAUCAAGUCAAUUCAAAAACUGCAAGUGCUGGACCUGUGUUUGGGGUUGUCCCAUCUAGUGGUGCUUCUCAGGAAAUAAGAUCAACAGCUGCAGUUGUAGGCAUUGCUACUAACCCUCAAAUCAACUCAAAUGCUAAUUCUCUAGCUGUUACAAUGGCUCCAACUUUUGCAUUAUCCACUUCUCAAGCUUUGGUUGUAGACUCUGUACCAAAAUCUUCCAACAGUCUUUUUCAGUUUGGUGCAACUGUGGCUACGUCACAGUCAAAUUCAACAGGCCUUGGCAUGAACAGUAUAAGCAGCAGUAAACCCCUAUCAAAUGGAGGGUUUACUAUGUCAUCAAAUCAAUCUAAAGUUGCAGAUGGAGCUAAUUCUUUAGGAUCAGGCUUACAAACUAAUGCACCUGUGUUUGGUGUUUUUGGACAGUCGACAAUCUCUUUGAAUCCAAGUUCUUCUGUAUCACUGGCACAGCCCAGUAAACGCUCUGUGGAUUUGAAUGAUGUGGAUGCUCCAAGUGCUAAAAAAACUGUCAACUUUGGAUUAAACAAUAAUGAUACUGCCACAAAUGGAUUGUUUACUUUUGGAGCCUCUAAAGGUUCACCUUUUGGGAACAGUGCAAGUAUUAACUCGGGCACUCCAUCUGGAGGCUUCAUGUUUGGAUCAACACCUGGGGCUCAGCCCUCACAAAUCAAUAACUCCUCCCAAGGAUUUCAGUUUUCAACCGGAGCAUCAAAUGUUUUUUCUUUCACAGCUUCAGCUUCAAAUGACAGUUCCAAAUCUGAGGUCAAAGCAGCUCCAUUUCCCAUCCCAACACCUGCAUCCUUUAAUUUUGGAGGCACAAGUCAACAGACAGGGGCUCCUUUUGUAUUUGGUGCUAAACCUACUGAACCUCAAUCUUCUAGCACACCAUUUGUGUUUGGUGCUGGUGCACCUAAUGCUCCAAGUCAAUCAUUUAAUAUUGGGACUGGAGGAGAUAGACCAAAAAUUAAAGCUAUGAGACGAAAAAAGAAAUGAUCACGUUGAAAUGUUAUUGAGUAGACUCAUUUCUAGACAUAGAUAGAUAUAUAAAAUAAAACAAAAAAUGUGUAUGUAGGUGAAAUCACUUUCUGAAUAAACAUAUAGCAAGUUUCAUCAGUCCUGGAGGAUUAUCCACUAUGUUUUGUUGCUUGAAAUAUUUUGAACAGUUUAGUUUCAUUGUUGAGGAUAUUUUUACAAGUUUUAUUCUAUGUUUUUUUUUCUAUUUAAUUUUAAUAUAAAAUAGUUCCACUACAAACUAUGGCAAAUAGUAUUAUACUUUUUUUGUUAUAGUACUGGUUCAACAUAAUCUAUAAAUAAGUUGUAUUCUUGUUGAAGUUUCCUGUAAAUUACUGUAAGUACAAUGUACAAAUUUAGUUAGCUAUGGAAUGUAAAUAAUGUUCAAGUGUAUAUUUUUGUAUUUUAGGGCACUGUCCCACUUGUUCAACUAAAAUGACUUGAUAAAGAAAGAGCUUGAAGAUUUUCAUAUGUACAUUGUCUCUUUGCUCUCAUGCUAUUGCAUUUGUAGUGUUGAUUGAACUACAGUGUACAACUGUUAGUGUCAAUGUGAUGUGUUCAGCAUUGACUUGUUGAUAAUGUUAGUGCUGCUCCUUCAUUCCCCAUGACCCUUCCCACCACCUUUCUAGAGCCAUGAUUUAAACUUGGUUUAUCUUACCAAUGAAACUACUGAAGGAACACUAGGUUUAACAUUUUAAUUAGGUGUUCUGUUUUUGACUCUGCCUUUGUUUUUAUAUUAGAUCUUUUUUUUUUCUUUAAGUUUUAUUGAAAGUUAUUGUUAUAUAUUUUUUGGAUGCUAUGUAAUAAUUCCUGGACACAAAAAUAAUGUCUUUCAGUAGAAACUGUAGUGAUGUUCUUGGUUCUGAUGUUUUCAUGUUCUUGAAACUUUGUACACUACACCUUUUUUUUUUCUUUAUAUGCUAGGGCUGUCAUGAUGACCAGUGCACCUCCCUUUCCCUUUCUCAGAGACUUAAGAACAAGACUGUAUCAUAGCAGUAGCUCCAGAGAUAGGAACAAGACACACAUAGCUCUAGAGACUGAACUAAGAACAAGACACACAUACCAUAGGUGUAUCUCCAGAGACUGAACUAAGAACAAGACACAUACCUUAGGUUUAGCUCCAGAGACUGAACUAAGAACUAGACACAUACCUUAGGUUUAGCUCCAGAGACUGAACUAAGAACAAGACACACAUACCAUAGGUGUAGCUCCAGAGACUGAACUAAGAACUAGACACACAUACCAUAGGUGUAGCUCCAGAGACUGAACUAAGAACAAGACACAUACCUUAGGUUUAGCUCCAGAGACUGAACUAAGAACUAGACACACAUACCAUAGGUGUAGCUCCAGAGACUGAACUAAGAACUAGACACAUACCUUAGGUUUAGCUCCAGAGACUGAACUAAGAACUAGACACACAUACCAUAGGUGUAGCUCCAGAGACUGAACUAAGAACAAGACACAUACCUUAGGUGUAGCUCCAGAGACUGAACUAAGAACUAGACACAUACCUUAGGUUUAGCUCCAGAGACUGAACUAAGAACUAGACACACAUACCAUAGGUGUAGCUCCAGAGACUGAACUAAGAACUAGACACACAUACCAUAGGUGUAGCUCCAGAGACUGAACUAAGAACUAGACACACAUACCAUAGGUGUAGCUCCAGAGACUGAACUAAGAACUAGACACAUACCUUAGGUUUAGCUCCAGAGACUGAACUAAGAACAAAACUACUAUUUGUGUAAUCCUGUUACAUACCUGCUUCAGCCUUAGAUUUUUGUUAAGAAUGUGCUGGUACCAGUAUUGUUCAUUGUCAUAAACUAACAUUUGUAAUAGAAUUAAAAUAGAAUUUUUGAUUUGAAUAUCUGCACCCACAUUUUCAUUUGGUUUCCCUAGAAAAUAAGACUUAUCAUCUUGUUAAAAAAAAAUGCAAGGCACUUAACUGAAGUCCAUUUUCUUAUCAAUGUUGAUGUUCAAAAACAUGACUUGCCCUUUAAUUCACUUAUUGUUUCCCCUCUGUGAGACUUGUUUCAACAGCAUUUAUUGAUGAACUUGACUACUAACCCUAUCCACCUUGAGCAGAGUUCUACAAUUGACUCUAUUGUUGACAGUGGUCCUAUGUUUUGUAAACAAUUGAUAGCAUGAAACUUUUAUUUGCCAUUGAUUGUGUGAAAACAAAUAUUUCUUAUGACUUAAAGGCUAUUGUGAAUGUGUGUGCACAAUGUGAAUGUCUGGAUGGAGUGACCAAAUAAAGGAAUUCUUUAA